UAAUAAAUUUCAAAUUCAACUGAAAACUGAUAAUUGGCUUUUGGCUUAUGCAAGUGUGAUAGCUGUCAUCUCUCUUUCAAAAUCUCUCUACAAAGGAAGGUUCCUUUCUCUUAACAGCUCCUACACCUGGAAUCUGUUCGCUAAUGGAGAAGGAAAGCCACUUCUUCAUCGUCUGUUUUUGUCUCUUCAUUUGCUUUAAAACUAUUGCUACAGCUCAUGCUCAUGACUUCACCAAGCUUUUCGUGUUUGGAGACUCCUAUGUUGAUACUGGGAAUAGGAAUUUCAGUGCUAGGUCAUGGAACCAACCAUAUGGAAUCACUCUUCCUGGUAAACCGGCUGGCCACUACUCAAACGGUCGCGUCUUCAGUGACUACAUAGCUUCAUGGAUGGGUAUAAGGUCCCCUACACCAUAUAGAUGGAGAAAAAUGGAGAAUACAUCCCUGGAAUAUGGAAUGAAUUUUGCUUUCGGAGGGACCGGGGUCUUUGAUACCCUGGUCAGUGCACCAAACAUGACAAUCCAAAUCGAUCUUUUUCAAAGACAACUCCAAAAGAAACUCUAUACCAAGGUUGAUGUUGGAAAUCAAGCCCACGUCGCCUUCCAUCCUAUGCGUUCCUUCCCAUAUUUAGCACCCUCUGUUUACUUCCCUAAAUUAGUGUAAUAUACAGCCUUUAUUAUAAUUGAUUUAGGAGUAAUUCUAGCAAGGUAGUUUAUUCACUUUCCAUGUAAGAGUUUAUUCU